AUGGACCGCAUCUUUGAACUGAUCGAGAAGAUCGACCUUAGCAACAGCAGCCAUGUUGCGUGUGGUUGUGCCGUGAUGGCUGCUGCUGGUAUUGUGAGCCAUGUUGGCUACUUUAUCCGCGGCGACCAUAACCUUUACGCAUAUCGAUGGAUCAACCGGAGUCUCACAGGUGUCGCCAUUCUAGGCGGCGCUGUGCUACAUUUGUCUGGGUACAAGGCACUCGAGACGGCCAUAUCAACCACUGUAUUCAGUAUCUCGUACUUUGCUGGGCUCUUUACGAGUAUCUCUCUCUACCGACUCUUCCUGCACCCGUUGGGCAGGUUUCCGGGGCCCUUCUGGGCACGGCUGUCCAAUUUCUACCACGCCUAUCUCAUCAGAAACUCAGACAACUAUUUCCUCAUGGAAAAGCUGCACAAGCAGUAUGGUCCCAUUGUCAGGACAGGCCCAAGCAAUAUCUCUGUGAAGAGCCCAGAGGCUAUCCGCAUUGUACUAGGCAACCAAUCCAAGUGCAUUAAGAGCCCGUGGUAUGAGAGGUCGAGGCCAAUGAUCAGCUUGCAUACAGUUCGCGAUAAGAAACAGCAUGACCAGCGCAGGAAGGUGUUUUCCAAGGCCUUCUCGCCCUCUGCCAUGCAGGAAUAUGAGAAACGCGUUGUAGUGCACUGUGAAGAGUUUGUGAGACAGAUGAAGACCAUGGCCGACAAGCCGUUUGAUGCCUCCGACUGGUUCAAGUAUUUCGCAUUUGAUGUCAUGGGCGAUAUCGGUCUUGGGAAGCAAUUCCAUAUGAUGACGGCUGAGGAGAACCGCAGAAUUCCCGUGCUGCUCGAGGAGGGCAUGGGAGCGGUAGGCGUGACGACUCCUUUGCCUUGGAUCGGAUCCAUCCUUAUGAGACUUCCUAGGGCUGGCAAGAAUGGCGCAGGAGCAUGGCACAAUUUUGUCAACUCCCAGGUCAGCGAACGCGUUGAUAAACAGGUUGAGAAGGCCGAUGUCCUUACGCAUCUUGUCGAUGCAUACAACCACAGCGAGAGAAACGAGAUUGACUACAACUGGCUACGCGGCGAUACCCGACUCACGAUUGUGGGAGGCUCCGACACUACAGCAUCUACGCUUACCUUUCUUUUCUAUCACCUAGCAAAGAACCCGAGCGAGGUUCAGAAGCUAAAGGACGAGCUUCUACCGCUUUUGAACGGAAAGAAUGUCUUGGCGCCCAAGGACGUCGCUAAAGCGCAGCACCUGGACGGCGGUAUCAUGAUUGGAGAAACCUUUAUUCCUGGAGGCACAACCGUCGUGCUGCCCGUUUAUGCCAUGCAGCGCGACGAGCAAAACUACGAACGUCCUGACCAGUUUAUUCCUGAGCGGUGGUACUCGAAGCCCGAACUGAUCAAGAACCGCGAAGUCUUCUUGACUUGGAACGUCGGCAUGAACGGCUGCAUCGGGCAUGCCAUGGACAAUAUCGACAAAGUGAUUGACGGAAGGGAUGAGUCCCAGUCCCAGAUUGAACGGGUGCAGGAGCAUGAUCGACAGGGCCAGGAGUUGGAGCAAGAGCCUCCGAGAAAAAGAGCUCGUUUGAGCUGUAGCACCUGCAAGGCCCGCAAGACCAAGUGCAUCGGAAUUGAGGCAGAGCUCCCCGAGCUCACGGUAGAGAAUAUCCAAGACCUCCUCCAAAAGCUCGACAACGAUGCAUCCGACACGGCAUCAAAGGGCCCUGCCUCGGUAAGGGAGUUACCCCAGGAAUCCGAAAGCACUAUCGCGCAGGCUUCCCAAGAUGGGAGUCACGAGACGAUGGAGGCCGAUGAGCAUCCGGUACUGCAGGAGGAGCUAGGGUGCAUGUUGCUUGAUUCCAUGGGAAAAUACCGAUAUGUUGGCGCUAAUUCAUCCAUCCGCUGGUUCAACGCUAUCCGCACAGCACGGGAUGCACGGGCGUCGUCUCCGCGGCCAGACCCCAAGAUCAUCACCCCGCUCAACAUCGGGCGGCUUCCGCCGACGACCCCGAGAACCAGGGAAACCGUCGCACGGAAGUAUACCUCCCACCUCGUGCGUUGUGCAUGGAUUAUGUGA